AUGACUCUCUUCAACUACUUGAAAAACCGACUGGCACGAGUCUUGGAUGCAUCACUCGAUCAGUAUCCCGGUAUCGAGCUGAGUGACGCCGACAAGGUAGAGAUCCUGUCUUCUUGGGAUGCUGAAGUGUCCAAGACCUGUGUUUCUGUACAGGAGAUCUUCAGUGCUAUGGAUGUUAUCAAGAUUGUCAUCGAAAUAAUUGAUGAAGAGCAGAAAGACAUUGAACAGUACUAUGCUGGGCACAGCAUUCAGUACCAUAUGGCCUACUUGCUCGAACUGGACGAGAAUCUCUGGGAAUUGUAUUGGGCGGUGAUUGCUUUUACAGUACAGGUCGAAGAUCGCGACCGAGUUCUUCGAGAACUGGACGAAGCCUUUUGGUUUGAAAUUUCCUACAACCUUCAUGGAUCUUCGCUCUCUUCUUAG